AUGUCAUUGCCUAUCUUCGCGCUUCGGACAUGCCUGAGAUGUCAGUCAGUAUACCCUCGUGUGGCCUCAGCCUCAACAUCGACCGUUACUCGAUCGAUGACAUCUUCCAAUCGAUAUCUCAACACAGACGUCGAUACCUCAUCACAGUCAGAUAAGAAGAUCAAUACAUGGUUCCUCAAUCAACCAUCUGGACCUCUUCCUCUUGCCUCUUCAUCAAAACGAGUUGAAUCUUCCCCACAGAUGUCACCAUCAUCCGAAGAUACACAAUCUAUACCCUCUAUACCUACGUCCACACCCCCAAUCCUGCUUCCCCUCCAUACCUUUCUCACAUCAUCCACAAGCGAAGCUUCCGACGUACUUCAUCGACAUACUGUCCAAGUGUACGAUACUACCUCCCUAUCGCAGUAUCUAGACGAGAGGGGCCAGGGAGAUUUGGUGAAAGGUGAAGAAGGUUCCGGCGGAUGGUAUGAUUGGGUUAUAACUGUUCAGGUGAAAGGGAGGGGAAGGGGGGUGGUAAGUAGAGGAGAUGGAGUGCUGAGAAGAUGGCUUCUCAAAAACCCACUUCAUCCUUCCAUACCGGCCUCACCACAUGAAUAUCCCAAAACACCCCGUAUACCCCCUGACUCAGAUUGGUCCAUCGUCCCUCUCAAUCUUGGUCCAGAUGCCGAGUUCAGAGCGUGUGUGAAUCUGUUGAGUGAGGAGGGGGCGAGCAGGUGGAAAUUGGAUGAACUCUGGAAAAAAGCGCAGUAG